AUGGGUAUCCUUAAAAAUUUCGAAGGUGAUGAAAAUGAACAUGUCAAUUCUAUUUCACAUGUUGAUACUUUGAUAAAUACAAAUCAUUUGAAUGAUGCAACAUCAUCAAGUGAGGAUGAAGAAACGCAUGAAAAUACAAUUGUACCAGUUCCAGCAACUAUUUCGACUGUUCCACUUACAUCUAAUCGAACGCCUAAGAUAAAAAAAACUACAUCAAAAAUUCCAAAACCAAUAUUACAAGUAAAAAAUAUUGGUGGUAAAAAAUCUCAAGGACAUCGACAAGCAAGACGACAUGAAAAUAUGUGCUUUUUACUUAAUCUUGCAAAAGAUUUAGAUGAAGAUUUUGCUGAAGUCAAUAUAAAUGAUCUUGUUGAAACAACAAUAUCAGCAUUUGCGCAACUUUUAUUAAGUAAAAAUAAAAUGAAGAUUUGGAAUGAAUUUGUUGAAUUACCUGAAAGUCAACAAGAACAUAUUGUUAAAAUGGCGACAAAUAAAAAAAGAGUAAAAAAGUUUCGUCGAGAAAAAAAUAAAAAAAGAUUUAAUAAUGAUACAACAUCAAUUAGUUGCAGUAGUGACGAUAAUUUCGAAACAUUUGUUCUUAUUGAAAAUCAUACAACAAUGAAUAAUCAAGAGUCUAUUGAUCCAUCAUAUCGACAAGAAGAAGCUGAUAAAUGUUUUCAACGUAUUGAUCCGAAUAUUCGUUAUACAUUAAAAAGUAUGCUCAAACGACAUCAUUUACCAUUGGAUCGUAUAAGUUGUUUUGAAGAUGAUGUAAUACCAUUUUUUAAAGAACAUUCUGAUUCAGUUUAUUUACGAGAUUUAAAUAAUGGUUUUGAUCGUAUGUUACUUCAUGCUGUCUGUCAAUAUUUAAAUUUGAUUUCAAAAAGUUUUACUCAAGAUGGCGAAAGAUAUAUUCAAGUUGAAAAUCGCCGUAAUACAUUCGUUCCGCCGAUAAUAUUACUUUCGAAAUAUAUUAUGUUACUCGAUGGAACGACGAAAAACGAUUUGUAA